GUCUCUGCAGACCUGCCCUAAACUUACAGGCCUGCUGCUGCCUCAACCAGAUUAAAAGAAGUUUUACCUGGAGCCAGCUGACCGAGUGAAUCUGGAGAGAAAGCGCUGCGUUUGGGUGUUUUUCUGGGGGGAAAAGUCGCGUCGCUCUCGGGAUGCCUCUCCACAGUAUUUGGCCCUUUUUUAAACUAUUUUGUCGGGACUGAGAUAGAGUCGGCAGUAUGGGCAACGAAGGUGGCUUCGAGGACGUGUUUGUUGCUGUCAUUCGCCCAAAGAAUCAAGUCAGCCUGAGCUCAAAGGAGUAUAGAGCCAAAGCCUAUGAGAUCCUGCUGAUUGAAGUGCCUCUGGAGGGGAAGGAGAAGAAGAGAAAGAAAGUCCUCCUGGCAACGAGGAUCCAAGCAGGAGGAGACAAAUCCAAAUCCAUAUUGGAUUACGUUGACGAAAAAAUUAAACCCAUAUACAGUAACCAGGGCUUCAUUGAUCAGGAACCACUGAUCAAAACACAGUUUUGGGUUUCAGGAAAGCGUGUGGUGCAUAUGAAGAAAUUCCCCCUCGAUGGGGACAAUGAAGGGAAAGAGGCUUCGCUUUUUGUUGUGCCAGUCAGCGUUAAAGACAACAGUAAGCCUGUGUACAGCGCCGGGAGCCCGAGCUUCUACUGCUUCCAGGAUAUCAUGCGGGUGUGCAGUGAGACCAGCGCUCACUUCUGCUCCAUCACCUCCAAGAUGCUUCUGGCCUUAGACAAAUGGUUAGCAGAGCAGCACACCGUCCCUCACGCCAUCCCCGCUCUGUUCAGACCUGCGCCCGUGGAGCGGGUGAAGACCAACGUCAGCAACCCGGCCUACGGCAGCGAGGGCAAACUGAGUGACGAGGGUCUGCACAUGGGCUACACUGCCCUGGAGAUCAAGAGCAAGAUGAUGUCCCUGGAGAAGGCAGACAUGUGCAUCCUCAACCCGCUUUACGGCUCCGAUCUGCAGUACACCAACCGGGUGGACAAAGUUAUCAUCAAUCCGUACUUUGGGCUCGGAGCGCCCGACUACUCCAAGAUUCAGAUCCCCAAGAGGGAGAAGUGGCAGCACGGUCCAAACUGUGUGACAGAAGACAAGGAGCGCCAGUGGGUGGACGACUUCCCCCUCCACCGCAGUGCCUGUGAAGGAGACACGGAGCUGCUCUCUAAGCUCCUAGACAGCGGUUUCUCAGUCACACAGCUGGACAGCGACCACUGGGCUCCCAUUCACUACGCGUGCUGGCACGGUAAAGUCGAGGCGACCAAGCUGUUACUGGAGAAAGGGAACUGUAAUCCAAACUUGCUGAACGGUCAGCUCAGCUCCCCUCUGCACUUUGCAGCCAGAGGUGGCCACGCAGAGAUAGUCCAGCUCCUGCUGCAGCACCCGGAGAUCGACAGGCACAUAGAAGACCAGCAGAAGAGAUCUCCUCUGCAAGUGUGUGAGGAGAACAAACAGAACGAAUGGGAGGAGACGGUGAAGCUUCUGCAGCAAGCAAACAGCAAACCCUAUGAAAAGGUGCGUAUCUACCGCAUGGACGGCUCGUAUCGCUCUGUGGAGCUGAAGCACGGCAACAACACGACAGUGCAGCAGAUCAUGGAAGGCAUGCGUCUUUCACAGGAGACCCAGCAGUACUUCACCAUCUGGAUCUGCUCCGAGAACCUCCACCUGCAGCUCAAGCCGUACCACAAACCUCUGCAGCAUCUGCGGAUCUGGACGGAGAUUGUGACGGACCUGACGGUGCUAGAUCCUCAGAGGGAAACACCUCAGCUGUUCCUCCGCAGGGACGUCCGGCUGCCGCUUGAAAUUGAGAAAAAGGUGGAGGAUCCUCUGGCCAUCCUCAUUCUGUUCGACGAGGCCCGUCACUGCCUCCUCAAAGGCUUCUUUCCUGCUCCAGACACCAAGCUGAUCACACUGGCCAGCCUUCUCCUGCAGAUCAUCUACGGCAGCUAUGAGAGCAAGAAGCAUAAGCAAGGGUUCCUCAACGAGGAAAACCUGAAAUCAAUUGUGCCGAUAUCGAAGGUGAAAAGCAAAGCGUACCACUGGACCAACAGGAUUCUGCAUGAAUACAAAGCCCUGAGCACCAGCGAGGGGGUGAGUAAAGAGAUGCACCACCUGCAGCGACUCUUCCUGCAGAAUUGCUGGGACAUCCCCACCUACGGAGCCGCCUUCUUCACGGGCCAGGUCUACACCAAGGCCAGCGCCAGCAACCACAAAGUUAUCCGCGUCUAUGUCGGGGUCAACACCAAGGGGCUGCACCUCAUGAAUAUGGAGACCAAGGUCCUUCUCAUCAGUUUAGAGUACAGCACAUUCAUGUGGCAGCUUGGACACGCUGACCAGUACUUCCAGAUACACAGUGGUGACAAUAAAAUGAACUUCAUUGUGCACACAAAACAGGCUGGCCUUAUUGUGAAGCUUUUGAUGAAGCUGAGUGGACAGAUGACCCCAAACGACAAAGGUGUAACAGACAAAUAUGCAUAUGGCUGAAAAUAAACCCACAGCUGCCAAAGAUCCCAGUGCAGGUUCUUCUUACUGACUCUCAUUUGACUGCAAUAACUCUGGAUGAAGAGCAACGUCAGCCUCUCCACAAACGCCUCAUUUUUGUAUAUUAGGCUCACCGUUACCUUCACAUUGUGCAUUUUGACGAGUCGUAUAUUUUGAUUGCAUGUAAAUAUGUUUAUUUAAUGUUUUGUUUUAAUAAACGGAUUGAUGUAUGAA